AUACGAAUGACCAAUGUGGACGUCAUUCAAGGUGCCGAGGAGGAGGGCGUUGUAGAGCUAUGGGUGGGGUCAGUCGAAUCACCAUGAAUCCCGUCCAAAUAUGUAGAGAUAGUUUCAUCGAGAGCCUCACGGGGUACGCCGGAUCGUAAAAAUGCGCUGGGGAAUGCAUUUCAGCUAUAGCACAUUCUUACUUCACGUCCAUGGGUCUAGUGGAGUAUGAGUCUGACGAGUCGGAGGAUGAGAAACCCCCUGAGAAUACGGUUCUGCCAGUGAAGACAAGCAAACGCGCUCCCAGGUCUCCCGGAGAGCUACAUAUCCAGUCCGUCUCCUCUCCCAUGCCUGACUUUGCUAAUCUCCCAGGGGAUCCGCGCGAUGAUCCUUCUCUGCAUCAAGGCCGGAAACGGACCCGUCCAUUCGUUGACGGCGACCACGACGCUCACGUCUACAUCAGCUUGAGCGUCUCAAAUCGUCUCAGGCAGGCACUUGAGAAUAUCAUUGCUCGAGCUCGUGUACUGUGCCCAAACAUCACCCUCGUAUCUCUCCUGGAAUCUCAGUACCUGCAUAUCUCCCUGACUCACCCGCUCCCCCUGAGACGGUCUCAAAUCGAGCCAGUUGCAAGCUCUGUCACCCGCUUAUUGCGCGCAUCGGCAUCGCGACCGUUUCGACUGGCCUUUGCUGGCGACCUAAAGGUCUACUACAACGGUCGUCAGACUGGAGGACAAGGGACAGGCGGAAGAGCCUUCUUGGCCUUUCAAAUCGGUGCUGGGCAUCCCGAGAUCAACGACCUGCUCGAACGAGUGAUACACCCCGUACUUGAUACAUUGCACCUGCCAAGGUACCAUACCAAUCCCGAGUUUCACGCGUCCUUUGCCUGGUGUCUGGACACUGAAACGCCAAUAUCCCAGGCUGUUGUUCGGCAGCUCAACGACGAGCUCAAGGACGCCUUCCUGUUGUCUCAGCCGACCGACGGAUGGCUCAUUCACGAGCUCAUGUACAAAGCCGGCAACACCCUCCGUAGUAUUGCCUUACAUCACCUGAAAUGAGCCGCAUUAUUGGAGCUUCUGAUGACGGGGAUCGGGACGUCUAUGAACCAUCUGAGAACCUGCUUCUCCCACUCCAUCUCCGGCCGAUCCAUCCGUCUCAACCUCAAUGCCUCUUCGCUGAACUGCUCCCGCACUUGCUUUGGAUCCGUGCCCGCUGCCAACAGCUCCUCCUUUUCCCUUGCCUCAUCUGCCAACAUGACUUUACGCUGAGCCAGUGCGUCCUCCCAGACUGACCACGGUAUACAAGCUGUUGUAGGCCGUCCUUUGGCAAACGAUUCAGGUUGCUCUUGAUUCACCAUGGCCUCUUCGCUCGUCUCUGCUAUAUCCUUCUCAUCCAAGACAAAUUGACCCUGUCUGGUCCUCCUGAGCAGGACCACAUGGGCUCCACAGCCAAG